AUGGCACGCAAGGUGCUCACCACCUCCUGCCAGCGCCUGCACUGCCGCUCGGCGCUCCCUGCGCCAUGCCUGCGCGGCAUAGGCAACGUCGGAGCGGCCGUGUCUGGCGCUCGCGCAGGCUCGUGCAUUGGCUCGUGCCUCGCGUUCGGCUGCAACGCCCGGGUUUCACUGGGCCGUUUCGGACGGGGGAAUGUCUGCACCGCAUUCCAGUACGGGAACUUCAAUAAACGUUGCAUGUCGGUUUCCCCGAUCGCCAAGCGUUUGCAUUCUUGGACUGCGACAGGCGAGUGCCGCUGUCCGGGACCACCGGAAGUGCAUCGUGGCGUGUUGUGUGGCAGUCAGUUGCGUGCAAUAACGUCACGCGGGAGUGACCUGCGCAGUCUUACAGCGUUUAAUCUUGGUCACUCAGGCGGACUACUGCGGCAUCCACCUCCGAGGGGCGCAUCUGCUCAAGUCCAUCGACUCGCACAAGCGGAAAAAAAAAAAAAACCGAAUCGGUAUUGGGCAAAGGAACACGCUGCGGAGAAAUGUGCCGCUGCCGUAGUGGUGGUGGAUCUUCGCAACGAGGAUUCUCGGGCUGCUCUUCCCCAUGCUCUGCGGCCUGAUGGGUUGGUACGUGGCCGUCAAGAUCUGCCGGCUGCUGUACCCCUACGGCGGCGCCACCCCUCAGACGAUAGCCAGCGCGGAGCACUGUGGCAUCCACCUCCGAUGGGCCCAUCUGCUCAAACCCAUGGAUUCGCACAAGCGGAAAAAAUCCGAGUCGGCGUUCGGCAAAGACGCACGCUUCGGCGAAAUGUGCCGCCGCGGCGUACUGUGGCAUCCACCUCCUACGCGUCUGCGCAGCCGCAUGGAUUCGCACAAGCGGAAAAAAACCGAGGCGACUUCGGGCAAAGAGGCACACUGCAGAGAAAUGUGCCGCUGCCGCAGCGCCGAUGCUCCACCGACCCAACGCUGAGCAAAGAGAUCGGAACUGGCACUUUCCUAUGGCCACGCUGUGUGCCGAUGCUGCGCCGAGCCGACGCUGAGCAAAGAGACGCCGGUAUCGGCACGCUCGUGGCCGCGCCGUGGCAAUUGGCAACGUCUGGGGCAGUCCUCCGCAACGAAGGAGCCUGUGAGCCAAAAGCAGGGGAAGACAACCGUUUAAGGCUGCUCUUUCUACAGCAAAAUGAAAAGGAAAAGUUGGCCUACCGUGGCAUCCACCUCCUACGGGUCUGCGCACCCGCAUGGAUUCGCACAAGCGGAAAAAAACCGAGUCGACGUUGGGCAAAGAGGCACACUGCGGAGAAAUGUGCCGCUGCCGCAGUGCCGAUGCUCUUCCGAGCCGACGCUGAGCAAAGAGAGACCGAAACUGGCACAUUCCUAUGGCCACGCUGUGGCAAUCGGUUGCGUGCAGCGCCGCCAUGCGCUAGUCGGCGCCUUUUCUCCCUGCUCGCCGUGCUGCCGAUGCUGCACCGAGCCGACGCUGAGCAAAGAGAGGCCGGUAUCGGCACGCUCAUUGCCGCGGCGUGGCCAUCGGCGUUAUUAUGGGCAGUUCUACACAACAACGGAGCCCGAGAGCCAGAAGCUGUGGAAGAUGAUCGGGAGAGACUGCUGUCGUUCCUGCGACAAAAUGAAAAGAAGUGCUGCAACGGCGAAGGCGAAUAG